UCUAAACAGGCUGCGUUAGCUUCACUGUAAUGACGUUAGCUUCUUGGAUGUUUUUCUCCGUCGUUCAUGAGUUUGGUUACCGGGAACCAGUAUCCUCUCUGGUGUCUAAAGCACACCCACUGUAACCUCUGCGAAUUUUGCCAGUGUCCACUCAGUGAUCCUUAAAGUGUGUUGUUAUUGUGAUAGCUUGGUGCAAUCUAACGGAGACACUGCGUAACGUCAAACCGUGAUGUUAGCCAGCUAGCAUUAGCACACAAGGCUACUUAAACGGGAGAGAGAGUCUGUCUAAUGCCAUAGUGUUUUCCGCCCGAAUCAGAGGCUCCGAGCAGCACUUAAAGAAGACGGGGAUUCAAGGAAGUGGAGACCCUGCCUAACUGACAUCCUGCUCCUCCUGUUGCCCCCCCUUCUUUGCCCCCCCACCCCCUGCCCUCACUGGGUCGCUGUGCUGCUGGCGGUGGAUUGGAGCACUCUUAUUGGAAGCUUUGCAAGGUGGUUUUUCGGUCUGGCGCCGCCUCCCCCUGGGGCCGGCGUGCGCUCCCAGCAGCCCGUGGUGCCCUGUGCCCCCCCCUCCCCGUCACUGCACACCAGAGCCCAUGCCCAGGGAGGAGGUGCGACGCGUCCGCCAGGAGCCAUGUGCCUCCCUCACACCAACAACAUGGACAGCAAGUUACAGGGGGUGGGGCCAGGGGGAGGGGCUUCACUUCGAUCACGGGGAGGAGGCGUUCCUCUGGAACCAUUCAUACAUCAGGUGGGGGGCCACACCAGUAUGAUGCGGUAUGAUGACCACACAGUGUGUAAGCCUCUGAUCAGCAGAGAGCAGCGCUUCUAUGAGUCUCUGCCUCCCGAGAUGAAGGAGUUCACUCCAGAGUAUAAAGGUGUUGUGCUGGUGUGUUUUGAAGGCGACUCUGAUGGCUACAUCAACCUGGUGGCGUACCCCUACGUGGAGAGCAACAUGGAGGGAGGAACCGCAGAGCACGAGGAGCGGGACCCCCCAGAGAGGGAACAGCCGAGGAGGAAACACUCCCGCCGUAGCAUUCAUCGCUCCUCCUCUUCCUCUGAACACAAGGAGGAGCGGUCGGACAAGAGGGAGACACAUGACACUGACACCUCUGACAAUCUUGGAGAACUGAAGAGUCCUAGGCUCGACCCAAAGAUCCACUCGGACGUUCCCUUCCAGAUGCUGGACUGGAACAGUGGUCUGACUUCAGAGAAGAUCAGCCACAAUCCCUGGAGCCUCCGCUGCCACAAACAGCAGCUUAGCCGCAUGAGGUCCGAAUCCAAGGAGCGCAAACUCUUCAAAUUCCUCUUGUUGGAGAACGUUGUUCACCACUUCUCAUACCCCUGCAUCCUGGACCUGAAGAUGGGUACCAGGCAGCACGGAGAUGACGCCUCUGAGGAGAAGGCAGCCAGACAAAUGAAGAAAUGUGAACAGAGCACUUCAGCAACCCUGGGAGUCAGAGUGUGUGGCAUGCAGGUGUACCAGCUAAAUACCGGGCACUACCUCUGCAGGAACAAGUACUAUGGCCGUGGCCUGUCGAUAGAAGGCUUUCGCCAGGCCCUCUACCAGUACCUGCACAACGGAAAGGGCCUGAGGCAGGACCUCUUUGAGCCAAUUCUGAAUAAGCUUCGCAGCCUGAAGGCAGUGCUAGAGAGGCAGGCAUCUUAUCGCUUCUACUCAUCCUCACUGCUCAUCAUCUAUGAGGGAAUGGAACCUGAGGGCCCUUCAGUCCUUCACUCUGGACAGCAUGCAACCUGGCAGCAGAAGAUUCCUGGAGCCCCUGUGGAGUCCAGUUGUGUUCCAGGACCCAAUGCCCCGCCUCCCCCAGAUGUUCCCUGUGAAACAGACAUGAGCCAGAACCCAGACCCAGGAUCACUGUCAUCUCAGGCACCUGGACAUAUGGCCCCACCCUCGCCCUCCCCUCACCCUUCCACACAAGCCCCGCUCACCAAAUCAGACUGUCACUCCUUUGUCCCCCGCCCCCCCUCGCCUCACGCACAUCCAGACUCCUCCCCAGUUCCCAGUUUAAUUUCCCCUCCUGCUCCGUUGGGGAAACAGCCCCCCCCUGUGGAUGUUCGUAUGAUCGACUUCGCCCACUCCACCUUUAAGGGUUUCCGUGGCGACACAGCAGUGCAUGAUGGGCCGGAUCGGGGCUACGUAUUCGGACUGGAAAGUCUGGUCAAGAUACUAGAAAGCCUUCGAGACGACAACCUGCCAUAGCUCAGAACUCACUGAUACACACAUACACACACACGCACACUCACACACUUGUGAGUUAGUUCAGGUUGUACCAUUGGUGCAGGUUGUGCCACAAUAUUCUCAAAAACUGAAACACUGAAACACCUCAGCUGUAAAUAAGGAACAGGGUUUAUCAGGAUAUCACCAUGGCAACAUGGCCUUUCUACAGUCAAGAAGCUACUAUAGCAGCAGCUAGGAGGUGAGACAGCGGAGCCAAAAUAGCUGAAAAUAGCAAAUAUGAUAUAAAGAACAUCGGCAUCGCUGCAAAAUACAAACACAAAGUUUGAAUUUCUAUUAUUGUGAGGAUCCUCAUUGGCCUCUUACAUUCCCUAAACUUUACCAUCACAAUGCAGUGUAAUCUGAUGAGAUGUAAAAUACAGGGCGAAGACUAAGUAAUUAUCAAGACAUUUAAAUAUCCACACAGCCGUUUUCAAAUUUCAUAAUUUAAAAAACAGUUAUCACAUUUUGCAUAGGGAACUCAAACAUCACAUCACGGUAACUAUAACAGGCAUUUGAAGGACAUCCUAACUUCUCGAAGUCUAAAACGUAACCUGGUCCUCACAAGAAUAGAUAGAUGCUCACACAUCUUAGGAACAGUUGUUGGUUGAGCUGUUUGACAGCACUGUGGGUAAAGUGUCCUGUCUGAUUGUGAGCUGAAUCCCUGGGACUGCCCACCGAAGUUAACCAACACUCACUUUACUUCCCGCCUUCACACUCCCUCCCUCUCCCCACCUCCUUCUCCUCACUCUUACGCCUCUACCGAAACCAAACCUGGACAGGUUAAAUGACUCUUUUAGCAUUAAAUCAAAAACGCAGUCAGAAACACAUCCAAGUAUCUGUUAAAGCAAUAGAUGGUGACGAGACACAGGGACUGCUUCCUUUUACCGUUCAGAGUGCAGCAAUGCCCACAGGAAAGGAAGAUAAUGAUGAAAUGCAGCAGAAAUGAUCCUCAUAGAAGUAGGCUUCAUGAAGAAUAUAGAUCAUUUUUUAAACAGUGUUUAUCUGUUUUGGGGAUCAAUUCAAAAACAAUUAGUAGUCAGUGUCCUGUGACAUCAUCUUCUGGGUUAUUGUGUAAUAUUAAGUGGCACUUUCCCAAAUCUGGCAUGGUGGUACUCAUGUUUAUUUUUUAUAAUUGUCAGCAAAUCUCAUGAAAAGGUCAAAAUGGGUUCAAACAAGAAAUUGAGACUAAUUAUUAUUAUGCUAGCUCCAUUUUUGUAUUUGCAGUUUCAGAUACUAGAGCAGCAAAUAUGCACUUACUGUACCUGCAGCUGAAAGUGGUCAAAAGAGCUAUUGUUAAAUUAAAACUACAGGUUUCAGGAAAUUCCUGUAAUACAUACCAAAAAAAUUUAAUUAACUCUCCUGGAGCUUUAUUAGCUUUUAGAGUAAAUUUGUCAUUUAAAUGCUUUGAGGAUUUAUCAUUUAUGUUGUGUGAAACAUCCAGAACAAGCCACCGAAUGGGCCUCAAAUUAACCUUUUUUUUUCCUUUCGAUUACAAAGUAGAGCAAUGUGCUGUGAUGAUUUGUGGAAUAAUAGAAGUAACAGAUCCAAAGAUCCAGAAACAGGAACUAAUUGGACCUUUUUGUGAGGGUUGUGUUUUUUGGUCCGUAUGUUUUGUCUUAUCAUGGGAUUUGUUAACAGACAUACAUGAAAAAAGAGUAGCACCAGCCUUAUUUAUCAGGGUUGAGAGGUAUGGACGAAUAAUAAAACUAUAUUUUUCUUAUAUAUUAUAAUACAUAUUAUUGUGAUAAUGAUGAUAAUAAUAAUGACGAUAGUGAGGAAUGUCAGCAAAAAUCACAAAAUUAAUAAAUUAUAUAUAUAUAUAUCUAUAUAAUAUCCUGUAACUGUCAGCAGUGGCAACAGUGUCUCACUUGAACUCAUGUGAUUGGUCCAGAUUAGAAAGCGUUAGCCAAUCAGAUUAGUCUAUUUAUGCUCCCUUUCUAAUUACAUGAGGCUGGCCUUGAUGCAGCGCUGUCCCCUGCUGGACAACAACAGGAACUCAACCCCAGGACCUGGAAUAAGAAAGAGCAGAUAUUAAUAUUUUAUUUUUGGUUUCUCAAGGUAAUAAUUUAUUUUUUUUAUCGUACCGUAACCCACAUGUACGGGUAAAUGUUUUGUUUUUUACAUGUUUCCCCUCUAAAUGUAUAAAAUGUAAAGAAAUUAAGAGACAUAAUGUGUGAAAUGUCUAGAGUGUAUUGAGCAGUAUUGUUAGAGCUUACUCAGGUCUUCGGUCCAGACUUCAGUCCGCUCACUGAGCACUUCUGCCUAAUGUGGAGCUGUUGCUCUGGUGGGAAGCUCUGUUCAACAUGUGUGUGUAUGUAUGUGUGGGUGUGUUAGAAAAGAUGUAGAUGGCAUUUGGAGUCUUUUGUUUGUUUCACUUCACAUCUGUCAAACUGGUAAGGAACUGCAUGGACAUUAACAUCCUCCGGUUUGACUCCGUUUUCACCGCCACUUCAAGCGUCCUUCUUCCAGUCUUCACAGAGUCUCGAGCAGCAGUGAUGACGUGACCUCUGAGAUCGUCAUGGAUAUUAGCCUCAGUGACUGAUCGGACUUGUAUAGCAGCAUUUUCUGCAUCUGACAUCAUCCUGACUGUUUGUUAAAACAGUGAAAGUAAGUGAGAUUAAAUCUUUCAGAAGCUUU